AUGAUCAAACGUAAGCCCGUGUCGCGGACAUGGAUAUCUCAGCCCGCGGAACGAAGUAUGAGUUUGUGCGAUAUGCAGCCAAAAUGCGAUAUAUAUCAUACCUGUGAAAGUGGCUCCGCUGGUGGUGUUAUAUGUAGAUCCAAAUGCACACAUGAUAAGUGUGGUGGAGACAAUGGGGAGUGUGUACUAACAACUAAGGGGGAUGCCAUAUGCAAGUGUCAUCCAAACUCAAUAUUCGAGUAUAACAGUGAUUCCUGUCUGAAGUCCAUCGACAUGGCCGUGAUCGGUGGUGUGGGAGGAGCGGUUAUUAUCAUAAUCGUCGUUGUCGUCAUUUGUUUCUGCAGGAACAGAAAGGCGAAAAAAAACACGCAAAGUAAUUCUAGGCACAAUGGAGCGUAUGGUAGCGAGUUCAGCAUGCCCACAAAAGUAAAGAAAUGGAAGGCGAAUAGGGCGUAUAAUGUUGGAGAAAGGGCUAGCCGGAGACGACCGAAUUCUAGUCCUGAAUAUAUAUGGGGAAGCCCCGACAAUGAUCGUCCUAGUGGUUAUUACAACGGAUGGGAAGGAAUCAAUGAAUUCGAAUCGGAGUCGCCUCGGAUGUAUAUUCCAAUGACCGUGACAAACCCGCCACGUGACUAUCAUUCCUCGGAUGCGCAUGUGCAGAGACGACCCGAAUACAAUGAGCCUGGCGAUGCCUACAGGUCACUUGAUACAGAAAAUCAGCUUUUUAUCCGACGCCCAAGGCUGUCUACAAGUUACAGUGAUAUGUUUGGGUACCGGGAACGUUUUGUCUAAGAUGUGUCAUAUUUGAAUAUUUUCAUUCGUAUUUUUGAGAAAAAUUGUUUUCAAACUGUGAUAAUUAUUGUCUGAUUCUCAUAAAACUGUUUU